AGAGAGAGCGAGAGAGGAGAAUAUGAGCUAGGAGACCGGAGGACCAUGAUUUUUUGAUUAAUUGGAUUAUUUCAACUGACUGUUUUGUAGAAGCCAGUAGGAUUGUGUAGACAGUUUAUAUAGACGAAAGCCAAAAUGUCAAAGAUAAAUGAGAUGAGCAUUCUGGGGGUGAGGAGCUUCGGGAUUGAAGACAAAGACAAACAGGUCAUCUCUUUCUUCACUCCUGUGACUGUGCUGGUUGGACCCAACGGAGCAGGAAAAACAACGAUUAUUGAAUGUCUCAAGUUUGCGACUUCAGGAGAACUUCCACCUGGAUCUAAAGGAAGUGCUUUUGUUCAUGAUCCAAAGGACGUCCAGAGGACAGUUGUACGAGCCCAGAUUGAGCUCUCACUCUCAGACAUCAAGGGAGAGGAAAUUGAGAUCCAACGCUUCGUGUCCUGCUCUCUGAUAGAAAAUAAAUACUCCUUUAAAAGUGAAGAGCAGAACAUUAAAAGAACAAAGGAUGGAAGGAGGGUGAGCAGGUCUGUUAAGUGUGGCGACCUGCACCAGGAGAUAACUUCUGCGCUGGGUGUAUCAAAGUCAGUGUUGAACGACGUCAUCUUCUGUCACCAGGAAGAGUCUAACUGGCCACUUAGUGAAGACAGAGUUCUCAAAGAAAAGUUUGACUCCAUCUUCAAUGUAACCAAGUAUAACAAAGCGAGGGCAAAGAUGCAUGAGCUGCGUUUGAAGCAAAGUCGGAGAGUCGAACAGUGUCAGGCAGAGCUGUUCUACCUGGAGAAAAACAAGGAGAAGGCCCAGCAGCUUAGAGGCAAUGUAGCCCAAAAACAGGCUGAUCUGAGGGCCUCACAAGAUCUGAUCCUGCACAUAGAGAACCAGAUCGAUCCACUUGAGACACUGUUGAGCGACAUAAAAAUGAAACUUGAAAAUGUGACGAAGCUAGAAAAUGAAACCAAAGCUCUGGACAGCUUGAGGAAACAGAUGGAGGAGCACAACAAGGAGCUGGAGGAAACUAUGGAAGAGGUGUUUCAGGGUUCAGACGAGCAGCUACAGCAUACUUACGAUAACCACCAGAGGACAGUGAUGGAGAAGGAGCAGAAGCUGCAACAGCACCAGGAGGAGCUGCAGACCUUUGACCAAGAAUACCAGAGACUGACCAGAGAAACGAAUGAUCUGCUGGUAGAAAAAGUUCGUCUACAACAUGAAGCUGAACGUCACACUAAGAACACCGAGGACCGCGACAGCCUGAUCCACUCUUUGUCAUCCUGUCUGGAGAUGGAGGGUUACGACCAGCUGCCCUUUACCGUUUCUCAACUCGAGAGCUUUUACCAUCAAGUCACACACAGGCUGGAGCAGGAAAAGGAGAGAGUCAGUCAGCUCUUGGCAGAGCUGCAGAAACUGGAGCAGCAGAAGCAGCAGUCUGUUGAUGAAAUGAGGGACAGGAAGACGUACAUGGAGAGAACGGUAGAGAUGAAAAGAGACGAGCGGCAAAAGAAGCAGCAAGAGCUGAAAAACAUCACAGAAGAGCUGCAACGACUGCAGGAUUCAUGUAGUCGACUGCAAGAGCUGGAAAAUAAACUGGCUGAAGUGGAGCGUGAGGAUGCAGUUCAGAGCUCCAGCGUGGAGGAGCUGAAGGCCGAGGUCGAGGAGCUCCAGGAAGAAAAGGCUGAACUCGACUGCACACAGAGACAGCUCGACGAAGAGAUGGAGACACUCAACAUGCACACAGCUGCACUCACACAGAUGGACAUACUGAAAAAGGGCAAAGCCGAGAUGGAGGAGCAGAUUCUUCAGAUCCGGUCUCGUCACUGUGAGGAUCUGGUGUCUCUAUUGGGCCACUUUCCAAACAAGAAAGAGCUGGAGGACUGGGUCUCUUCCAAGUCAAAGGAAACCAGCAGCACCGGGGACAGACUUACAAAGCUCAAAAUGGACUUGGCAUCAAAUGAGCAGAAUAAAAGCCACAUUACUGCUGAGCUGCUGAAGAAGGAGCUGCAGUUAGCCACAGAUGAAGAGAAGUUCUUGAAUGUUUGCAGCAGUCGAGAUCUGGAGCAGGACCUGAGCAACCUGCAGAGAGAGCUGGACGAGAUAUUCAAGACAAAAGCUCUACUAGCUGGAACUAAAGUGGUGUACACCCAGUUCAUCAGCGAGCUGAGCGAGCACAGGGAGCCCUGCUGCCCCGUGUGCCGACGAUCGUUUCCCUCAGAGUCUGAGGUGCAGGAAGUCGUCAGAGUCUUGCAGUCUAAACUACACCUGGUGCCAGAGAAACUGAAGAUCACUGAGCAGGACCUGGAGAGGACAGAGAGGAGGAGAGAGGAGAUAGUGGCUCUCAGGCCUGUGAGGGAGGCCAUUGUGCAGUUUCAGGAAAAUGAGCUGCCAGCAUUGAGGAAGCGGCUGCAGACUGUGGACAGAGAAGCUGAGAGGCUGAAGGGUGAUGUGGAGGAGCAGGAGGCUCUGCUCGCCAUCCUGAGGUCUGAGGAGGAAAAAGCCAAAGACUGCCUGCAGGGCAUUUCCUCCAUGGACUCAUACCUGAGAAACCUUGAAGAGGUGGAAAGGAAAAUUGAUCAGCAGGCAUCCAAACUCCAGGAAGUAAACCUGGACAACACAUUUCAGCAGCUCAGUCAGGACAAACAUGAAACUCAGGACCAGCUCGACACCACUUACAGCACAAUUGUGCGUAAACAUAAACAGAUCCAGGACCAGCAGGAGCAGAUUCAGAGGCUGAAAAGUGCAGCGAUAGAGAUGAGAGACGAGCAGCUUCAGCUGAUCAGAGACAAACAGAAGCAGCAGCACCUGGAGGAGCUGAGUGCAGAGAUCGCUGCUAGGAUGGAGGCCUUAACCACAGAGAUCAGGGAGGGAAAUGAAGAACUGCGCCCUCUAUCAGCUGCUCUGGAGAAGCUGCAGCAGGAAAAGCAAAAGCUGGUGGAGCAGAAGAAGCAGAGAGAGGAAGAAGAGCAGAAGAAGAUUCGUAACACUGAGGAGAGACUGAAGGAAAUCACUGCUUUGCAAAGAGACGUCACUAAAUAUGUUGAUGAGGGAAGAGACAAAUUCAAAGAGUGCAGCAAACAGCUGGAGGAAGAUCAGUACGGCAAAGCCGAGGAGCUCCACAGAAACAAGAUGAUUGAGAUGAGAACCACACAGCUGCUCAGCAAAGACCUGAAACUCUACGAAGAGGCUCUAGAUCAAGCCAUCGUGAAGUUCCACAGCAUGAAGAUGGAUGAGAUCAACCAGAACAUCAGAGACCUGUGGCACAGCACCUACAGGGGUCAAGAUAUCGAGUACAUCGAGAUCAGGUCUGAGGUGGAGGAGAGGUCGGAGAGGCGGAGGAGCUACAACUACAGAGUAGUGAUGAUGAGAGGAGACGCAGACGUGAAUAUGAGAGGGCGCUGCAGUGCCGGUCAGAAGGUGCUGGCAUCCCUGAUCAUCCGGCUCGCUCUGGCAGAGGCCUUCUGUCUUGACUGUGGAAUCCUGGCCCUGGAUGAGCCCACCACCAACCUGGACCGGGAGAACAUCGAGUCCCUGGCAGACGCUCUCGUAGAGAUCAUCAGGACUCGCUCUCAGCAGCGUCACUUCCAGCUGCUGAUCAUCACUCAUGACGAGGACUUUGUGCAGCUGCUGGUUCGGUCCGGGUGCAUCCAGCACUUCUACCGCAUCAGCAAGAACCAGGACCAGAACUCAAAGAUCACAAAGCAGAGCACAGCCUUCCUCUCUGUGUGACACCUUGUACCUCAACAGCUAUGAAAUCACUUCAUGGUUCACCCUCUCACACACAGCCACGUGAGCUGCUCGCCCGGCAUCAGGAUGAAAUUUGGAUUUGGCGUCUCAGCUGAUGACACGUCAGCACGUGAAAGUCUGUGGACUAAAAGACACAACCUGUUCAGAGAUCAGAGGCAGCUUCCUCUGAGGGGACAGAGUUCUCUUAUGAAUAUUUUUAUGGGACAGUAGGUGUGAGUGGUGUGUGCUGUGAUUUAGUUUUUUGUUUGUUUUUUUAGUUCUCCUCUGGUUCCUCUAAAGGGCACCCAGGACAGUUCUGAACAUCAGCAGCUGUUAUAGAGCCAGAGGUGACCUGCAUGCAUUAAAUUAUGUUAAUGCAUGAAGGAAUCCUUUUUCCUGUUAGGGUGGCUCAAUUUGUUUUCCCUACAAAUAUUUACUGCUGGACUUGGUAGAAUAAUGCACAUUUGUCAGCACUCGCUCACAUACACACCGUAUGUAGUACCAUCGACACUCUAUUCGGUGUUUCAGUAUUCAUGUCUUCUGUUAAAACAGGAUGAAGAAACCUUUAUGUCUGAGAGGUUUUCAUGGCAACAAAGAUCUGUCUGCUCUUUGGUGAACGCUGUUUGGCUCAUGCUGCAGGAGGUGCAGGUGUUUUUAUAGGACAGCUGAGGGGUCUUUAAGACAUGUUUGAUCUGAAUGUGACACAUCACUUUAUUCAGGUUUGUGAGAACAUUUAUUUAUUUUAUAUUUAACCUCAUCAUAAAUAAUGUUGUAUACAGCCUGUUUAACAACAUAAAAAAUAUACUGCUAUUAAAAAACAGAAAGAAACUCAUUGUUACUUCAUCGGAUCUGGUAAUAAGAUCAUUAUGAGAACAACGGCCCUCGAGCGGGAGAAGUAGGAACUACAAAAACAGUAAAGGUUUAGAAAAACAACACAAACACUACUUCCUGUUAGCGAUUUUAGUGAAGGUUAUUGUUUUCGACCAAAGUACUACAGCUUGGCUUUGUCUGAUACUGUUUUAAACAUUAAUGUGUGACGAUGGGCUGAAGAUGUUAAUGUGUGAAAAGAUUUUUCUUUCAGCCGUCUAAGCUAGCUCUCGCUAACUGGCACAAGCUAACCCGAAGACAGUAGGAUGACAUUUGAAGCUGAGUUGUAACUACCACUAGCUAGCUUCAAUGCUACCUCAGAUUACUUUCUGUAGAAGUGUUAGUAAAGUUUAAAGAGUAAAACAGCCGCUGAUCACGUGAACCACACCGCUGUAUCCUCUUUGACUUUAUGUCCGUGGAUCAUAAACUACAGGAUUUUCCCUGCCCUCUAGUCCAUCGGUCCCCAACCUUUUUUGCGCCACGGACCGGUUUAUGCCCGACAAUUUUCAUGGACCGGCCUUUAAAGUGUCGCGGAUAAAUACAACA